UUCUUAUAAUAAUCAAUCAAUCAAUACUGAAAACUCCUCGAAUGUAAAGAAAAGUCGGCAUCAAAGACUAGAUAUUUUUAUGUAAAGACAUCUAGAUAUUUUUAUGUAAACAAUUCAUUAUGGAUUCUUCUGUUACUCCGACUGUUAUUAAAAAAUCUUUAUUAUCUCUGCAAUGUGACUGGGAUGAAGCUUUAAGGGAAAAAGAUGGCACUGCAUGGGUAUCAUGUAAAGAAUAUGGUAGUGCCAGGAGCAAACAUGGGAAAUUGAUAUCCUCUAAGUCUUUGAACAAUGAAAUUACACUAGAAGCAUCUGAUGGAUUUAAAGUUGAAAAUAUUUCUCUGAAAUCAAUAGUUAUAUUACAUGAUGAUCCAAAUACUAAAUGUGAAUUCUUUGCUCCAACUAAAGCCUUUUCAAGAAUACAUAAAAAAAGUGUUCUAGGUAUUGAUGUUACUGAGGAACUUGGUAGAAAUUUAGAGGGACACAUAUGGGACAUCUAUUCUUGCCGAUUCUUCCCGUCUGGUAUAGUGAUUUUAUCUGCUGGAGCAGAUAUGCAGAUCAAAAUAUGGGCUGCAGACACAGGAGAUUGUCCUGUCACACUGAAAGGACACACUGCUGCAAUCACCGGUACAUCGAUUGUAGAAAAAGGAAGAAAUGUUGUCUCUGUAUCCAAAGAUGGCACAGCUCGUUUAUGGGAUUGCGGAAAGUCGUCUUGUUUGCAUAUUGUUUCUGAGGGUAAUGGUAACAUAAAUUGUUGUUCAGUUGCUCCAGUUGACAUUGAUGUUGGCACUUCAGACCAUCCUCCAAAUGAAAGAGAAGUUGCUACUGAAGGAAAGCUUUUGUUACUUGGAUGUGAAAAUGGUCUUUUAAAAGGGGUUGGUCUGCAAAGUCAUAAACAGGUAUUUCAACAUCAAAGUAGUUCAGCUGUAAAUUGUUGCUGUUUUAUAUCCUCCACUUCAGUUGUAUUUGGAACUCAAGAUGGAAAAAUAUGUCUCUUUGAUUUACGAGCUAGGUUACCAGUUACUAUUUGGGAGGAAUCAACUUCUCCUGUGCUAUGCAUAAUCCAUGUCAAAAAUGGAAUAUUUUGCGGAAGAGCUGAUGGUUCAUGUAUUUUCACUGCUUUUGACAAGGAUCAAUGUGUACAGCUUACAGGACCUGGUUUUGAUCCAGUUUAUUGCAUGGCAUAUAAUGGUAAUUCUAUUUUUACUGGAUCUAGAGAUGGUAUAAUCCGAAAAUAUGAAGUUCGUUUUUGACCUUUAUUUGUGUAAAUAUACUGUUCAUUGUAAACUUUUCCUCAUAUAAAUACUUCUAUUUAAGCAAUAAAAAUGUGUUGUUGAUGGAAA